AUACAAAGGCCUUUAGCCUAGUUUGAACUAGGCUAAAAAUGAACUAAAAUCAUGUAGUUUGUGUUAGACUGAGAAGAGAUUAGUAUUUUCUUAACAUAGAACUAACACAUUUGAGCAAAAGGAACAAAACAGACUUUAAGUGUCUACAGUCUCAUGGGACAAUGGAUCUGGCUAUGAAGCAUAUCCUACUAUAUUUUCUAUAUAUCAAAUUUAUACAACUAAAUGAAAAGUCAUCUUUCUGACCACUCACAGAUAUAUAUGCCCAUAAGGUUGAAAUGUAAUCAUGAAAUUACAUAUAUACAUUUUAUGAAAAUUCAUAGUAAUAUGGAGAUCAUAGCUGUAAUUACAUGAGAAGUUAGCAACAAGAAACAGCCAAUUCAUUCAAAGAGCAAUAAUUACAAUAUGUCUUGCAUGAUGGCUUAGUCCUCCAGCAGAACCCUUGGUUCUGUUAGGUUGAUCUUUUGAACACUAGUUGUUACCUGCUGCAUAUUCCCAGGGCCUUUUGCAACCAGCGGCUCUCAUAUGACAAAUGUAUCCAGUGACUAAGCAUGUCUCAUUGCUAUUUCACAAUAGACAAUGGAAUUAAAGAGAAAACCUAAUUGUCAAAGAGGAAUAUAGUUCUUGGUAUGUCAGUACAUAGAAAGUUGAAUUCACAAGCAUACCAUGGGGAAGGAAAAACAAACAAUAAAGGAGUUAAAACUAGAAAAAAAUAGCUUUGUAUCCAUUUUCAUGACUCAUGAUUCUUAUUGUCUGUAUUUUUUCUUUCUCAUCACCAAGUAUUACCCUCCUUAUCUAUUUCCUAAACAUCUAUACUUUAUUCAUACUUAUACCUGUCUACACAUAUUAUAGGUUAGGUUUUGCAUAUGAGGAGAAAGUGUUUAAUUUUUAAGUUCAGAUUAUUGUCUUAAUUAGGGUUUCUAAUGCUAUUGAGAGAUACAAUGAUCAUGCAACUUUUAUCAUGGAAAACUUAAUUGGGGCUGUCUUAGAGUUUCAGAGAUUUAGUCCAUUAUUGUCAUGGCAAGAAGCAUGGCAAGUGCAGUCAGACAUGGUGCUGGAGAAGGAGCUGGUAGUUCUACUUCUUGAUCCAUAUGCAGCAGGAAGUGAACUGUCACACUGGGCGUGGCUUAAGCAUGUAUGAGACCUCAAAGCCUGCCUCCACAAUGACACACUUCCUCCAUCAAGUCCAUGCCUACUCCAACAAAGCCACAUCUCAUAGUGCCACUUCCUUUGGGCCAAGCAUUUAAACACAUGAGUGUAUGGAGCCAUUGUUAUUCAAACACCACAGUCAUCUUACUUAAUAUUAAUCUCUCCAGAUGAGUAAAUUUUCCUGUAAAUACCAUGACUUCAUUUUUGAUUUAUAAUUCAAUAAUAUUACAUAUAUAUGUACAAUAUCUUCUUUUGAUGGACAUGUAGUCUACUUUCAUUUCUUUUCUGUCCUAGAUACAGCAGCAAUAAACAUGGAUAUGUAGGUUUGUCUGUGGUAAGAUAUGCAGUUCUUUGAAUAUAUGACCAGGAAUGGUAUUGGAGGGUUAUGAUGAAGUUCUACUUUUAAAUUUUAGGAACCUCAUGAUGUCAUUGUUUUUCUCUGCUGAGUAGUAUUCCAUUGUGUAUAUGUAUCACAUUUUAUUUAUCCAUUCUUCAGUUGAAGGGCAUCUAGGCUGUUUCCAGGUUUUGGCUAUUACAAACAAUGCUGAUAUGAAUAUAGCUGAGCAAGUGCUCUUGUGGUAUGAUUGGGCAUUCCUUGGCUAUGUGCCCAAGAGUAGUAUAGCUGGAUCUUGGGGGAGAUGGAUUCCCAAUUUUCUAAGAAAGCGCCAUAUUGAUUUCCAAAGUGGUUGUACAAGCUUGCAUUCCCACCAGCAGUGGAGGAGAGUUCCCCUAGCUCCACAUCCUCUCCAGCAUAAGGUGUCUUCAGUGUUUUUGAUGUUAGCCAUUUUGACAUGUGUAAGGUGGUAUCUCAGAGUCAUUUUGGUUUGCAUUUCUCUGAUAAUUAGGGAUGUUGAGCAAUUCCUUAAAUAUCUUUCAGCCAUUUGAGUUUCCUCUGUUGAGAAUUCUUUGUUUAGUUCUAUAGCCCAUUUCUUAAUCAGACUGUUGGGCAUUUUAAUGUCUAAUUUCUUGAGUUCCUUAUAUAUUCUGGAUAUCAGUCCUCUGUUAGAUGUGGGGUUGGUGAAGACCUUUUCCCAUUCUGUAGGCUGUCGCUUUGCCUGUUGACCGUAUCCUUUGCUCUACAAAAGCUUCUCAGUUUCAAGAGGUCCCAUUGAUUGAUUGUUUCUCUCAGUGUCUGUGCUACUGGUGUUAUAUUUAGGAAGUGAUAUCCUAUGCCAAUGCGUUCAAGACUACUUCCUACUUUCUCUUCUAGCAGGUUCAGAGUAGCUGGAUUUAUGUUGAGGUCCUUGAUCCACUUGGACUUAAGUUUUGUGCACAGUGAUAGAUAUGGAUUUAUUUGCAGCUUUCCUCAUGAAUGACAUCAUGAGGUUUGCAGGCAAAUGGAUGGAUAUAGAAAAAAAUCAUCCUGAGUGAGGUAACCCAGACUCAGAAAGACAAACAUGGUAUGUACUCACUCAUAGGAUACUAGAUGUGGAACAAGGAUGACUGGACUGCUACUCACAUCACCAGGGAGGCUACCUGGAAAACAGGACCCCAAGAAAGACACGGGGAUCACCCAAUGAUGGAGAAAUGGAUGAGAUCUACAUGAACAAUCUGGACAUGAGUAGGGGUAAUGAAGGGUGAGGGUCGAGGGAAAGAGAGCUUGGGGGAGCGAGAGAUCCCAGCUGGAUCAAGAACAAAGAGGGGGCGCUCUCCAUCCAAAAAGGAGCCGAGGGUCAUAGGUCUGGCGGCUUUUAGGAUGAGAAAGUUGACAACCAUGCCUGCACGUCUGAUGUAUGCAUCUAUAAAUGUACAUCGGGCCAAAGAAGAGGAACCCAAAAAGCAGCUAGUGAGACCAGAACAGCUCCCCAUAUAUACUGCACCACCUCUUCAUUCUAAAUAUGUUGAAGAACAGCCUGGUUAUUUACAAAUGGGCUUUGCAUCCAUCCGUACUACAACUGUUCGUUAUAUUGGCUGGUACAAGGGUGUUUAUAUCUUUAUGAAGAAUGGGAUAAUGGAUACAGUACAAUUUGGAAAAGAUGCAUAUUUCUAUCUGAAGAAUCCUCCUCAAGAUUUUCUUCUCAAAAUGGGAGUGAUUACAGCUUCAGGGCUGAUGGGUUUGGUUUCAGCAAGAAAAGGUUCUAGGUUUAAGAAGAUUGCUUAUCCACUAGGAUUGGCCUCAUUAGGAACAACUGUUUGUUACCCAGCUCAGUCAGUAAUGAUUGCAAAGAAAACUUGGAAAAAGGCAUAUACUACAAGCCAGCAAAUUUUUCAAGCUAUUAAGUCAUUGUGGACAAAAAGCAGCGAAAAAAAGUCACUCCCUGAACCAAAGGGAGAAACUAAGGUAGGAAAAUCUGAUGAAAUACAUGCUAAAACACCUAACCUAAAACAUUUAGUGACUUUUCCAAAAGAUCUUGUUUCUGAAACAGCGAUGAAAUCGGAAUCAACUGCAGGCACAGCUUAGUUUAUACCUGACCCCAAGCUCAUGGAUCACGGGCAGUCUCAUCCAGAAGAUAAAGAUAUGUACAGCACUAGAAGCUGAAAUAGACUACAGUGGGAGUCUGCGUAGAGAACCACAAGAUGUACCAAGUGACAGACAAUGGUUAAAAAUCAUGUGAUGAAUGGGUAACUGACAGCAUGACUAGAAAUUGUCCCAUGACAUUUUAAAAUAAACAGUUUGGCCAAUGCUGGAAGUGGUUAAAACUCAAAAUAAUGAAUACAACACAAGUAAUAUUAAGAGAUUGAUGAGGCAACUGAAGUAGAAGUACUAGAAGUAUAUUUCAUGACUUGUAAGAGAAUUUAUUAGAAAGCAAAAUAAAGUGAAGAUAUAAAUGUCAGUAAGAUUAAAACCUGAAAAUAUGUAUAUGUAAAUAUACAUAUACAUGUAUAUACAUAUGAAUCUGCUUCAGUUUUCCCAAUUAUUGCCAGUUAACUUAGAAUGGUGGAUAGAAGGAUGUGUUUUUUUUUCCCCAGAGCUGGAAUAAAAUAUCCAUAUUUUUUGACACACACACACACAAAAAAAGAACAGAUAGGGAGAACAAGGAAUAGGAGACCAUGGUAAAUGAAGACCACAUGAUAAUAGGAAGAAGGAAAGUACUAGAGAGCCCCACAGAAAUCCACAAAGAUACCCCCACAAUAGACUGCUGGCAAUGGUCGAGAGACAGCCCGAACUGACCUACUCUGGUGAUGGGAUGGCCAAACACCCUAAUUGCUGUUCUAGAAAGCCCAUCCAAUGACUGAGGGAACUGGAUGCAGAGAUCCAUGGGUAGGCCCCGGGUGGAGCUCCAGGAGUCCAAUUAGUGAGAAAGAGGAGGGUUUAUAUAUUGGUGAAAUUAUUAAGGCCACUCCACGUAGUUAAAAGGAGAUUUAUUUAAUGGCGUAACUUACAAAUUAAGGGAUAGGUAGGUCGCGGAGUCUGGGGAAGGUGUAUCGCAGUCCAGCGGUGUUCUCUGGAGCUCUGCUUGGUACACCUCUCCAGUCCAGGGUCCCGCAACAGAGAGCGAGCCCGCCGAUCCAGAUCUCAGGUCCCCAGGCGCCUCCUUUCGCCCCGCCUUGUAGGCGUGACAGUUGCCGAAGUCUCAAUGGGGGUUGGAACUUCCAGAUCAAAGCUGGAAUGGCUACCCACUACAUCUCCCCCUUUUUGUCUAAAUAAGAAAGUUCUAACCUAAUACAAGACUAUAUACAAAGGAAUGGUUAUCAAAUAUAGUCCAGGAAUAAUGAGGGAUAAUGACCUAGAUAAGAUGGAACUACAACCAAUGCAAACAAUAUCAAGCAAGAAACACAUACUAUAAUCCAGAGAAGUAUAGAGCAUAGGUAAAUGGCAAGUUACAAAGAUCAUUCCAAAAGGUGUCCUAUCCUAAAGAACCUGAAUCUAAUACUUAAUAUGUUCUAUCUACUAAGUUGUAACUAUAACUGCUAGUCUUCAAUCCCAUCAAAGACCUGAGAAAGAAUAUAAUGGUACCUGAGGAAUGGUAGAUGGAUGCAAGCAACUUUCGGGAAUCUUGCGAGAGUAGACCAAGACAGCUGGCAGCCUGGACAGUCACCUAAUGUUUCUCAGCAUUGUUGGUGCAUUCAAAUUGGCUACAGGCCUAAAGUAUCUGACAGACCAUUUUUAGAAGCAGGAAUUCUGAAAGACCAUCUUACCCUGUCUUGGCAGAGUACAGUGGUCGCUUUCCUUGUGUCCCACUUGUCCAGAAAGGAUAGCAUUGCAUUUGUACUGUCAUCCGUCGAGGCAAGGGCAGUUCUUUGCCCAGUAGGCCAUUUUGUGCCAAGAAGACAAACUUCCAAAUGGAAAUGUCUUAGAAGCCCAACAUUCUCUCGGGAUCAAAUUGGUGCAGCCAGGAGCAAUUGUGUCUCACAUCAACAGAAUUCUAAGUUAUUUAAAUGCCA